AUGGACUCGCUGGUGAGCGAGAUCCUCGACUUUCUCUCGCUGAAAACCAAGCCGGGCACCACGCGGAUCCCCUACAAUUUCUCCAUCUAUACGAUCUAUUCCGACUUGAUCGCCGAAGUCAUUCAUCGAAGCCCCAAUCCCACGCCCACGCCGUGGUUCCCCGAAGGAGAGACGGGGCGCUUCGUCAAUGUCGGGGAGGAGCGGUGGAAGAAGAGUUUGGAGGAGUGGCGAGCGGCGGAGAACGAAGAGCCGGUCAAAAAGAUGAGUACCAGCUCCAUUGAGGGGGUUGUGGAGACGAUCGCGGAUGACACGUUGCGGAGAAAUAAACUUCCUGAGCCGGUUAAUUUGGAUGAGUUGCUGCCUUUGUGUGACGAGACAUGGAAGUAUCAAGGAAAUCGCUGAGAGAUUUGAAAGGUUUGUGGAGUGGUGGAAGAAGAAGAA